AUGGCAGCACCAGGCGCAGAUCUUCUUUCGCGCAGCGACUUUCUCAGCGAAGACUUUUGGCCCUUCUUCAAACUCGACAAAUCUGAAUUCUUCGAGGGCGCGCGACAGGUACCCCUCGCCAACGAGGACUUUCAGUUGGAUCAGCAUCCCGACGCCUGGAUCGAGGCGAAAACCUUUAUCAAGCUCAUUCGAAAGGCAUUGUACGGUCUCUACAAACGAGAACAGACUACCUACGAUUCUGAUAUCGAGCAAGGCGUUAACUUUGGCUGGAUUCCAAUGGCCCAGUACCACGCUUUGGUCCCCCAUGUGUUUAGCGAAUACUGCUUGGUUUGUCUCAUCAAUCACCUCAAACAUCACAACACCUGUCCGGUUCAUCCUGAUGUAGUCCUCUUUUACUUCGGUCGUGAGCCGGAGUUUAUGCCUGGUCAACGCGAGACCGCCAAUACGCUCGAUCGGAUCACAUCUGACGUCGAGGCUUCUCAGUUCGUCAUACAACUAUGGUGUGCAACUAGGCAGCUGUACGGCUACGAGCACAUCUUCGACUCCGACAUUCAAGAGAAGAUUAAAGAUACGCUAAGUGUGAUCUGCGAGGUCUUUGAUCACAAAUCUCCUUUGCUCAUAAAGGACGAGCAUAUGCCUGGUGUCGUGUCCAUCGCGAGAGAAAUGAUCGAAAUGAAUUUCAAGUGUCAAAAUAACCCCAAUGAGGAGUGUGUACUAGGACACUGGCUACCGAAGAUGGACCAGGCUGUGGGAUGGGCACGGCGGACCUGA